AUGGGUGAUAGAAGAAGACGUAGCAGGGCAAUGCAGAUGACACAAUACCAAGCAUGCCUUGACAUUGAGGAUAUAGAAAUGAUCAAUGCAGAAGUUGAACUUGCAAACUCGCUUAUGCAAUAUGAGCACUAUGCUGAAUCUAGCCAUCGUGGUUUUGUCACGGGGCGUUCAUUUGUGCAGCGUGAUAGAGAAGAGUGUCAUGACCGAAUGAUGAAAGAUCAUUUCAUCAAGCGUUCGAGAUUUCUUGCUCAUGAUUUUCAAAGGUGGUUUCGGAUGAAGAGAAAGCUUUUUGAUAGCAUCUUGAAUGCAGUUGUCAAUCAUGACCACUACUUUGCAAGGAAGAUAUAUGUCAUCGGCCGACAAAGUCUAUCACCUCAUCAGAAGCUCACUUCUGCAUUUCGGAUUUUAGCUAAUGGGUGCUCUGCAGACUCAACUGACGAGUAUUGUCAACUUGUGGAUAAUACUGCUAUUGAGAACCUGAAGCACUUCUGUCAGGCAAUUCAAGCCAUAUAUGGAGCCACAUAUCUCCGCAAACUAAAUCGUGAAGACUUGAAGAGGCUUUUACGUAAGGUAGACAAAAGAGGCUUCCCUGACAUGAUAGGAAGUUUCGAUUGUAUGCAUUGA